UCGGCUGCUUACCUCCGCUUUGAGAUGGGUGGAAGAAGAGCAUCACAAACUUGUCCUCUGCUUUCCAGCCAGGUGCUAUGAUAGUAAGCAGAACCAGGAAAUACUUAGUCUAUUCUUGGAAAACAUCCUACCGGUAUUUAGCUCUUCUCUUCUUUGGGACAUUCUUUCACUAUUUGUUUAUGUAGCAGCCAGCAAGCUGGAAAGCUACUUUGGAUUGGAGCUGCUAGCUGUUAGCAAAGAACAGCUAUAAAAUCUUCUAUUUGCCUCAAAACCUAUCCUGGAACUGGCAGCUGUCCAUUUGACACCCGCAUAUCACCAAAUCUCAGCCAUCUCCACAAGCGAUGCAGUAAGCCUCCUGGAAACUCCGGAGCCCAAGAGAGAGGACACGGACACGAUAGAAGGAAAAGUGGACCGGGGUCAACUGAGAGAGUAGAGGCUUCUUGCUGUUAAAGGUAUCUGAGAUGAAUCCCACAAGCCAGUUCCUUGGAACAACAGAAUACGACUAUGGAUAUGAUGAAAACACUGCUCCGUGCAACGAAGGAAACAGCUUUCGCAGGUUUAAAUCUCUCUUUCUGCCAAUUCUUUACUGCCUUGUGUUUGUUUUCUGCCUUGUGGGAAACUCCUUGGUCCUUUGGGUUCUCCUGACCAGGAAAAGGCUGGCGACAAUGACUGACAUCUGCCUGCUGAACCUCGCAGCCUCUGAUCUCCUCUUUGUUGUGCCUCUCCCUUUCCAAGCCCACUAUGCGUCGGACCAGUGGGUUUUUGGCAAUGCUAUGUGCAAGAUAAUGGCUGGCGUUUAUUACACAGGCUUUUAUAGCAGUAUUUUCUUUAUAACCCUAAUGAGCAUAGACAGGUAUAUAGCAAUUGUCCACGCUGUCUAUGCCAUGAAGAUACGGACAGCCUCUUGUGGCACAAUUAUCAGUUUAAUCCUGUGGCUCGUGGCUGGCUUGGCUUCCGUACCCAACAUCAUGUUCAACCAGCAGCUGGAAAUCGAGCAGUCUGUGCAGUGUGUUUCCACAUACCCCCCAGGCGACAAUACCUGGAAGGUUGUUUCUCAGUUUGCAGCCAAUAUCUUAGGCCUCUUGAUUCCUCUUAGUAUCCUCAUUUGCUGCUACGCCCAGAUACUGAAAAACCUGCAAAAAUGCAAAAAUCGGAACAAGAUCAAGGCAAUUAAGAUGAUUUUCAUCAUCAUCAUCGUUUUCUUCCUCUUCUGGACUCCCUUCAACGUCGCACUGUUCCUAGACUCUCUGCAGAGCCUGCACAUCAUCAAUGACUGCAAGGCAAGCUACCAGAUAGCCCUGGCCCUGCAGCUGACUGAAACCAUCUCCUUCAUCCACUGCUGCCUGAACCCCGUGAUCUACGCCUUUGCGGGGAUGACGUUCAAGGCCCAUCUUAAAGGACUACUUCAGUCCUGUGUCCGUGUCUUCUCCAGACCUGUCGGAGGUGCCGGAGCUGCUCAGUCGUUUCUAGCACCCACCCAGCUCUCCGGCUGCUCUGACAGUGCAGGGUUCCUGUGAGCUCACCCGAGCUGGCUUCUUCUGGUGUGAGUAGUUGGGCUAAGGUCUGACACGGCCCUGGAGGUUGUACCAUGUGUGCAGCAUCCUCUUGCGAGGACCAGUACACCUGUACCUCCUUCUGGGAUAUGCUGUGAACUACAGCGUAGUAAGUGGCAACAUUAGUUUACUAAGAGCACCAGUUUGUUUGUAAAAUGGUGACCUUACAAGCUUCCCACAGCAUUAUUUUUAAUUAAGUUUUAGAACUCUUUUAAUACAUUUCAGCAAGCAGGGUUCUUCCUCUAUCAUUUAUUUUCUCCUCUGAUGAAAGCAUCGCUUCUGCCCACCCCCAAAUAUGCUCUGCCCUGUGGAAGCUGUUCCAUACCUAAAUCCCUACAUCCCUGGGACAGGCAUGGGACCCCCCCUCUGGGAAGCAGGGAAGGCAACAGGCGUGGGAUUACUUCACAUUGCAAAGAGGGAAUCACCUCAGCCACUGUCACCAUUCCCCCUUUGCUUCAGCUCCCAGAUGAAAAGGGCACUCAGCUCAGGGCCCUGUUGCUUUGCUGUGUGACGCUCCCAGGGGCACAGCCAGGGGGUCCCUGGAGCUGCUUCUGCCUAAAGCAGCCUUUGGUGGUGAUGCCUUCAAAAACAGCAGAGCAAUGCCUCCAGGUGCCCCUUAAACUGGGCACUCCUAGAGACCCACACACUUGAAUGUGUCGUCAUCAAAGCAGCCUGGUGGUCCCUGUUGUCGCUGGAGGUGUGGGACCUCCAACUCUGUGUCCCCAGCGCUCACUGAUAAAGGCAAGCACCACAAAAUGGCACGUAGCACGUAGGCACCAUCUCUUUUUCCAUACAGCAUUAUUUUCUGCCAUUUUAGAAAAGUUUUCUUCGAAUAAACAUAUUAAACUGCA